CCGCCGGCCCUCCCCGCGGGGGGUGGGCGUAGCUGGCCGCGCUCGACUCAAAGUUUGUUUUCUGCCUCCAGGCGGUGGGGGAGGGCGAGGCGCGCGCUGAGGGGAGGAGAGGGGAUCUGACGUCAGGCCGCGAGGUGCUUUCCAGCCGCGAGCUGUCAGGCGGGUGUCAGGCUCGGCAGGUACGCGGCGCGCGCCCCCAGCGUCCCCCGCCCCCGGCCUGGACGCCCCGCACCCCGCCCGAGGCCGCGUGGGCCCGAAAGCCGCCGGGAGAAGGUACACAGUUGAUGCUCAGCAAAUAUUACAUGGGUUGCUGAAGGCCGUGGUGAUUAUAGUUUCCAGACUCUUCUUGGGCCUCAGACACGUGGGAGGCAGGAUAAUGUAGAGCCCACAAGGCUCACUGGAGGUCCAGCCUUGCCCCUAGGGACCAUGUCUGACAGCGAUCUAGGUGAAGAUGAAGGUCUCCUGUCCCUGGCGGGCAAGAGGAAGCGCAGGGGGAACCUGCCCAAGGAGUCAGUGAAGAUCCUCCGUGACUGGCUAUACUUGCAUCGCUACAACGCCUAUCCCUCAGAGCAGGAGAAACUGAGCCUUUCUGGACAAACCAACCUCUCAGUGCUGCAGAUAUGUAACUGGUUCAUCAACGCCCGGCGGCGGCUCCUCCCAGACAUGCUGCGGAAGGAUGGCAAAGACCCUAAUCAGUUCACCAUUUCCCGCCGUGGGGGGAAAGCCUCGGAUGUAGCCCUUCCUCGUGGUAACAGCCCCUCAAUGCUGGCUGUGUCCGUACCAGCUCCCACCAAUGUUCUCUCCUUGUCUGUGUGCUCUGUGCCACUCCACUCAGGCCAGGGGGAAAAGGCAGCAGCUCCCUUCUCACAAGGGGAGCUAGAGCCCCCUAAGCCACUGGUCAGCCCCAGUGGUACAUUAACCCUGCUAACCAGGGCUGAGGCUGGGAGCCCCACAGGUGGACUUUUCAACACACCGCCACCCACACCCCCAGAGCAGGACAAGGAGGACUUCAGCAGCUUCCAGCUGCUGGUGGAGGUGGCGCUGCAGAGGGCUGCUGAGAUGGAGCUUCAGAAGCAGCAGGACCCAGCACCCCCAUUGUUGCACACCCCCAUCCCUUUAGUUUCUGAGAACCCCAAGUAGGCAUCUGCCAACAGGGGUGUUCAAGGCUGGAGCCAGCUGUCCUGGGUUCCCGAUUCACUUCCUUCCUACAGAGGGUUUUCUGUGGAUCACUGCCAAGCAUCAGGAUCAUCUCCUCUGUCCAGAAGUCUUGAGCAGGAAGAUGCCCGCUGGUAUCACUAUGCUGUGAUGGGGACCUCUCCUAUGCUGACUCUGCCAUUUCUCCAGGCCUCUUCUCGGUAAUGAGACCAAGGGAUUGGAGAUAGGCAUGGUGCUGCUGCUGUUUCUCCAGAGACCCCAGGACACUUGUUCCAGCCUCCUUUCCUGGGCUGGGCUCAGGAAACCAGCCAAGUUCAGACCUCUCUGGGUCCAAGCUGCCGCUGAGCUGUGCCUCUUUGUGUCAUGCCAGGUGUGGACAUUUCAGGUUCAUAAGUGUGGACAAAAGAGGAACCCAGCAGAUGUAACAGGACCGACUCCAGUUGAAUGUUUAGGUGUUUGCUAACUGUUAAUUUUUCCCUUUUUGCUGUGGUUUGAUUUAUAGCAGUAGUUGUCCCAGGUGUGGGGAAUGAGAACAUUGCAUGAUAGAGUCUGAUAAAGAGAUUUAUCUACCACUGCAACUGAGAAUUGUUGUAUAAGGAAGGAAUGUUUGUUAUUUUGGGGACCAGCAAAAUUUCUGCAUAGCACAAACUUCCAAAUGGUUGUUUUGGUGUUGAUUUACCACCCACAACACAACCCCACCACCUCUGGGGGGAAAAAGGUAGAGGGAGAAUACGUGGGCACUGGCUUUUUGGCAUUAGGCACAAAAGGGGACAAGGCCAAGAGACAGCCCAAUAGAAUCUUGACAAAACCUAGACUUAGAGCAGAGAAGAACGGUAAAAACCAGAGAAGUGUUUGUUUUUAUUUUUCUUUUUACUGUAUUUGGGGGUGGGAGGGUAAGUAUGCUAGACUAAGUGGUUUUUGUGGGUUUUUUUUUUUUUUUCUUUCAUUUUAAUGUUACCCCCUUCUUUAUUCACGGCUUUGUCCUGCAGCCUGAGUUCUGAAUCCCUUUAGGAACCUUGCUAGAACCCGAGAGGCUCUAGCAUCUCCUUCUUGGAGAGAAGUGAGCCAUCUGCUGGUCAGGAAGCCUUUGUAGCUACUCCAGCAGGCAGCUCUUGCCACAGCCAAGGCAGGAAAGGAUUCCUGGAGGAAGCUUGAGUGUCCUUGUCUCACCCUUCUGUAAGUGCGAGUUGCAGGGCCUGCCUUUUUCUCAGUGAACAGAUCAUCUCCUUUCUCUUUUUAUUUUGUUGUCUCUUUGCUGAGUGUUCAACAGCAGUAUACCCCAUCUUUAUAUAUUCUAAGAAACACUAAUCUUAGAUUUUUAUUAGUCAACGUAUUUUUGUUCUUAAUAACAUUGUUUCUGGGCAAAAAAAAAAAAAAGACCAGGAGCCCCAGACUGUAGUUUGCUGAAAUAGCCAGGUUGGGCAUAAGGGGAAGGAGUUCCUGGGUGUUGGCUGACUUGGAUGCACCCAGCCAGAAAAAAGAACACAUCCUCUGUCCUUUCAGAAAGAUCCCUGGCGCCCUCAAGAGGCUCCCCCACCCCUUGAGGGGCUGGUUCCAUCCCUUGCUUGUGGGAGUAGAAAUUUAUUUUUUUUUUUAAACUGAAACAGCUAUUGGUGGGCAAGAUUCCUGGGCUGUGUUCUGCUCCCCUCCAGCCCCUUCCUCCUAUGCCACAGGGGGUCAAGGGUCCUCCUCCUGAGGCCUGGCUGGUAAAGAAUGAACAUGGCAGCUUCAGAGCUAGUUGGAGUUGCUGUCUGCCCAUCUCAUCCAACCCAGCCAUGUCUGAGAGAGCCGGGGACCAGUGUGACUGUUGCGGGUGCUCCACAGCAGGGGACUUGGAGCAUACUGGACUGAAUGGGAUUUCCCUUCUCACAGAGCACUGAGCAGGGAAGGGGACUGAGGGAGCCAUGCUGCUGAAUUCUGGUUGGCAUUCCCCGCUUGGUCAAAAUGGCACCUCUGGGGGUGGGGCAGCCUCUGCUUGCAUUUGGUUAUAAAAUACACCUGGAGAAGAAGCAGUUGUCCCGUUCAAUUAUUUGAGCAAACAACUACUGUAAAUAACUUCCGUUUUUUUGUCUUUUGUCAAAUAAAGUUGUUUUGUUUUUAUUUUUAAAGUAGAAAAAAGUGCUUGAUCCACUGGCUCUGGAAACAAGUUUUUAUAUUCUGCUUUACCUUUCUCUUUAGUAGCCAUAUGUGAGUUUUGUGUAUUCUGUCUCCUGUUUUCUUUCCUCAACCCCAUUCCAUAUCCCGUUCAUCACAAUAUAGGGGAUUUAACCAUUU